AUGAGUUCCUUUGGUACUCUUUUUCGCGUAACAACAUACGGAGAAUCGCAUGGUAAGUCUGUAGGAUGCAUAGUGGAUGGUUGUCCUCCUGGUUUACCUCUUGUGGAAGCCGAUAUACAAACUCAAUUGAGUAGGAGACGACCAGGACAAAGCAACUUGACUACUCCGCGUGAUGAAAAAGAUUUGGUAGCUAUACAAUCCGGAACAGAGUUCGGAAUCACGCUUGGGACACCAAUUGGAAUGAUGGUUCGUAAUCAAGAUCAGAGGCCUCAUGAUUAUUCAGAAACAGACUUUUACCCGAGGCCUAGUCAUGCCGAUUGGACAUACCUCCAAAAAUAUAGUGUUAAAGCUAGUAGUGGUGGUGGUAGAGCGUCUGCCAGAGAAACAAUAGGUCGAGUGGCUGCUGGUGCUAUUGCAGAAAAGUAUCUUAAGCUCGCACACGGAAUUGAAUUUGUGGCUUUUGUAUCCUCCGUUUCAUCAGUUGUUAUGCCAUUUAUUCAUAUGGAAGAUGAUAGAUUGUUUCCACAAGACUUUUGGGAAUUGCUUAACACCAUAACACGAGAGGAAGUUGAUAAAGAUCCUGUAAAAUGCCCGAAUAAAGAAGUUUCAGAAAAAAUGCGCGAGAAUCGGGCAGCCCCGGAUGGGAAUCUCGCAAAUUGUUUUAGCAGAAUUAAGGCUUUAGGGUUAGAAUUAGGGACUGCUCCGAUUCAGAAUCGAGACAGAUUCCAAUUCGGGCGUAUUCUUGAAGCUAAAGCGGCUAACGAUUCUGUUGGUGGAACUAUUACAUGCGUGAUUCGCAAUGUUCCACCAGGAAUUGGUGAGCCAUGCUUUGAUAAAUUAGAGGCCAAACUUGCACAUGCAAUGCUUUCGAUCCCAGCUACUAAAGGGUUUGAAAUUGGAAGCGGAUUCAAAGGUACAACAAUAUUUGGACAUCAACAUAAUGACCCUUGGAUUAAAAAAGAUGGACAUUUAGGAACCCAAACCAAUAAUUCAGGUGGAAUUCAGGGUGGUAUUUCGAACGGAGAAAACAUAUACUUUCGAGUUGCAUUUAAACCGCCAGCCACUAUUUCUCAAGCGCAGAAAACAGCCACUUAUGAUGGUGUUGAUGGAGUACUUGCAGCAAGAGGUCGCCAUGAUCCGUGCGUAGUACCAAGAGCUGUUCCUAUUGUCGAAUCUAUGGCGGCGCUGGUUAUUAUGGAUGCGUUAUUGAUUCAACAAUCACGAAAAACUGCUGCAUCACUUCUUCCUCCAAUUCCCAAUCUUCCCCCUACAAUGAAUGCCAUGUUUUCAGGGGUUCAACCUCCAGGGCCAACCCCUGACAUAAAGACAAACGACACGAACUGUAAUUCACAGGGUUGA